ACUCUCCCUCCCAUCAAACCCUUCCCUCGAGCUUAGAAAUCGUUUCUCUAAUCGCCAUUAACCCCAGAAUACACAUAGUAAUCAUCGGGCUUUUUUCCCGUCCUGGAUAAAAUCAAUCAGAUCAGACCUGCGUCACACCGCGAAAGAAGGCCCGGCCCCACGUCAUGGCCAUUAGAAAACUCCACUCUAGUAAUAGUGUAGUUGCUGGUAGCUUCCAAAGGCAGCAGAAAAGAACCUCCCAUUGUACCGGUAAUGGCAUAUAUAUAUUAGAUGCAAGGCACACCCGCAUCAUUUAUUCCACCCACGUUUUCGCAAUCUAUUCCAUCUAGAUCUCUGUCUCCGCCUACCUCAUCUCUCAAAUCUCUUUCCAUCCUUCCAAUUGAACACGGGAGCUUUGCUCAAACCCCUCCCCCCUCCUUUCAUUCUUCUUCAGUACCAUAGACCAAUUCCCAUACCGACCGCCAUGGCACCACCCACACACGCCAAACAAUGGACCGUCGAAGGCCAAAACGGCUUCGACAGCCUCAAACUCAACGACAAAGCGCCCCUCCCCCAAUUAGGCGAUAAAGACGUCCUAGUCAAAAUCCACGCCGCCUCCCUCAACUACCGCGACCUCAUCAUCCCCAAAGGAAAAUACCCCUUCCCGAUCAAAGACAACGUCGUCCCCGGCUCCGACGGCGCCGGCGUCGUCGAAGCCGUCGGCAAGCACGUCACGCGCUUCAAGCCCGGCGACAAGGUCGUCACGCUCUUCAACCAGGGCCAUAUCGCGGGCUCGCUGACGCCGGCUUCGCUGGGCACAGGUCUCGGUGGAGCCGUCGACGGCACGCUGAGGGAGUACGCCGCGUUCGACGAGCACGGUCUUGUCCAUGUGCCGCAGAAUUUGAACUUCGCCGAGGCGGCGACGCUGAGUUGUGCGGGCUUGACGGCGUGGAAUGCGCUAUAUGGGCUGGAGAGUAGGGCGUUGAAGCCCGGAGACACCGUGCUGACGCAGGGAACUGGUGGUGUUAGCAUGUUUGCGCUUCAGUUCGCCAAAGCCGCCGGCGCAACCGUCAUCUCCACCACCUCCUCGGCUGACAAAGCCGAACUCCUCAAGAAGUACGGCGCCGACCACGUCAUCAACUACAAGGAGAACCCCAACUGGGGCGAGGAAGCGAAGAAGCUGACUCCAGGCGGCCUGGGCGUCACCCACAUUGUCGAGGUCGGCGGUCCGACCAGCAUGGCGCAGUCCCUCAAGGCCGUCAAGAUCGACGGCGUCAUCUCCAUCAUCGGCUUCCUAGGAGGCUUCUCCAAGGACCAGCCUUCGUUCCUGGAGUGCUUGAACAAUAUCUGCACCGUGAGGGGUGUGCUCGUUGGGUCGAGGCUACAGUUCGAGGAGAUGAAUCGCGCCAUCGAGGCCAAUGAUAUCCAUCCUAUCGUCGACGAGAAGGUGUUUGAUCUGGACCAUCUGAAGGAUGCGUACGAGUAUAUGUGGGAUCAGAGGCACUUUGGAAAGCUCACUAUCAAGGUGGCCUAGGUCUAAGCAGACAGAAAUGUGAAGUAAUAUCUAGCCCAAUUGAAAAAAUAGACUCCGUUAGAACGUA